CUAAAUAUUACGAAUAACGCAAUGGAGAAUCUGUUUAUCAUAUUGUUCAUUGGUACAGUCUUUAGCGGUACAUUAGGGAUGUCUUUGCGUCAAAAAAGGCAAUCGAAUACUAACAGUAAUGAUUUAGAAGAUAGAUACGGAUGGGAAAAUAGUGGGAGGCAAAAUUGGUUCCCUAAUCUAAACCAAAUUAAUAAUAGACCAUGGCAGAACCAGUUUCCAGGACCAAAUCAAAAUGGCGGACAAAACCAGUUCCCCUGGCAAGAUGCAAACCAGAACGGAGGUCAAGGAGGUCAAAAUCAGCAGCAGACACAACCCCCAACAUCACCUUCCAAUAAUAAUAGUGGCACUUCAGGUACUGUACAAACCUGCAUCAACUCUUGUCCCGUGACACCAGAAUACAAUCCAGUGUGCGGCACCGACUUGGUGACGUAUCCCAACCCUGGUCGCCUCGCGUGCGCGCAAGCUUGUGGAGUCAAUGUAAGCCAGCUCAGGACCUCUCCUUGUCCCACUACAACAGUAGCACCGACAAGCUGAUUUAAUUAUGAAUCCCCAUAUUUCAUAAAUGAUGAAUGACUGAACAUAUUAAAAAUGUUAUUAAAUUAUAUUUUUAUAACAAAAAUAGCCGGUUUUACAUUUAAUCUAUAAUAUGAAUAAUUUGGAAAGAAAUUGUGUUCGUAUUUACUUUUAUAUAACACAUAAACACUUCUAAUUUUUUUUCAUGGUUAAUUACAAUUGUAUAUAUAGGUAUAAACGAGAUAUUCAUAAAAAUCAAAUAAAUUCGAUUUGAUUUUCGAUUAGAUUUGAAAUCGGGAACUAUUUAAUAAUAGUAUGAUUAAAUAUAUAAUGUAAUAUGAUAAAUGUGUACAACAUAAUAUAUGAUAUGAUUAUUUAAACUUAACUGCUUUUAUAUUGAUAUCAAACCCCAGUAUUUUUUAAUAAUAUGCAUAUAAAUAUAAGUAAAAUUAGGGAAGAUGUAAUUCAUAAUAAUGAAAAACGUGAUAACAACAGUAAUAAAUGGUUUAUUAGUAUAUUGUUGAGAAACUGAGUAUCGCGUAAGCAUAAUACUACUAGUACGAA